UGCUGUGAAAGACGAUGUUUGUAUCACAGAAUCGUGCUAUAGGGUAUUCGAGAUUGAGUACCUCUCUGAGCACGAUGGCAGGAUUGAGUGUUGAGAGGCGUCUGGUUCGCAAGCUUGAUUGCUUCAUUCUGGUGUAUUGCUGCGCAGCGUACUUCUUUAACUACUUAGAUCGUUCUGCCUUCGCGAAUGCAUAUGUCUCUGGGCUCAAGGAGUCCCUCCGUCUCGAAGGCAACCAAUACAGCAUCCUGGUUGCCAUGUUCACUGCAGGUGCCUGUGUUGGUCAAAUUCCACACGCCCUCAUCAUCCAGAAAGUCGCACCUCGCUUCUGGCUCCCAUUCACCCUUCUAGUCUGGUCUGGCUUGACCAUAUGCUGCGCUGCAUGCAAAACGUACGAGCAGCUCUGCGCAGUCCGCUUCUUCCAAGGUUUCUUCGAGUCAAGUCUGUACAGUGGCACGAUUUACAUCCUGGGCUCCUGGUACAAGCCUUUGGAGAUCGCGAAACGGACUGCUAUCUUCACUGCGGUUGGCCAGAUCGGUAGCAUGUUCGCAGGAGUCAUGAUGACUGCCAUGAAUCAAGGUCUACAUGAUCAGACAGCACUUGCAGGUUGGCAAUGGGUAUUCAUCAUCAAUGGCGCAAUGGGCAUCCCAUUCGGUAUCUUCGGCCUGGCUUUCUUCCCCAAUCUUCCCGAAUCAACCAACGCCCCCUACCUCAGCAAGGAAGAGAUUCAAUUCGCCAUUGACCGUCUCCCACCAAAGAAGAACUGGGGCCAUGACAUUAGCAUCAAGUCCCUCUGCAAGCGACUGUUCGUUUCACCAAACUUAUACAUCCUAACUUUGUACUCGAUCAUCGGAUGUGCGCUUGAGGCGAUCGUGCUGCAAGGGCUCUUCUUGCUCUGGAUGAAGGCCAACAUCGAGAAGUUUCCGUCUUACGCUACGACCACCUACCCGCUCGGUAUUCAAGCCGUAUCAAUCGUCUCGAACAUCGGUGCUGGGUAUGUGAUCGACAUGACAAACCGACGCAUACCCAUGGUCAUACUCGCUGGCACAUUGCAGCUCUUAGUCGCCAUCCUCUUACUCAUCCCUAACCUCUCUACUGCCGGAACGUUCUUUGCAUUCUACCUCGCUGGCACUUCGUAUAUUGUCAACCCCAUCUUGUACGGCUGGGCAAGUGUCAUCUGCCAGCGCGGCGGUGAUGACGCAUCGCGCUCGGUCAUUCUCUAUGUCAUGAGCAUGGUGCAGUCGAUACUGUACACGUUCUGGGGCAUUGCGUUGUAUCCGGCGACUGAUGCGCCGUAUUGGCAGAAGGGAUACAUCACGAUAAUUGUGGUUGUGUUUGCUUUUUUUGCUUGCACGGCUGCUGUACAAUGGCUGGACAAGAAGUCGCAACAAGCAGCUAGCGAAGAGCAGGAGCAGGUGACGAACGUCAGUGAGGCCAGUGGACUGGGAUAAGCG